UUCUGGCAGAGCUAUGGAAGCUUGCUUGAGUAGAUGCUCAGCUGGAGCUUUCUUCAGAGCCAGAGGAGUAAAUACAUUCAAUCCCAAGAUUCAAACGCUCACCCGAAGAUCAUCAAUGGCAAUUCAUACAGCUGGAUGCGUGGCAGGGAAGAGAGCUUAUGAUGCUUUGUUAUUGGAUGCCGGAGGAACCUUAUUGCAGUUGGCAAGGCCUGUCGAAGAAACAUAUGCUGAUAUUGGGAGGAAACAUGGUUUAAAUGUGAAUGCUACUGAGAUAAAAUAUGGAUUUAGAAGAGCUUUUGCAGCUCCUUGGCCAAAGAAGCUUCGCUAUGAGGGUGAUGGGAGGCCAUUUUGGAGACUUGUUGUUUCUGAAGCAACAGGUUCUGACAAUAAUGACUACUUUGAAGAAGUAUACGAGUAUUUUGCGAAGGAUGAUGCAUGGAAUCUCCCCACAGGAGCUUAUGAAACACUGCGUCUUCUAAAAGAUGAUGGAGUUAAAUUGGCUGUCGUGUCAAAUUUCGAUACUCGUCUAAGGAAGCUGUUGAAGGACCUAAAUGUUGCAGAUAUGUUUGAUGCCACUAUCAUAUCUUCAGAGGUAGGAUAUGAAAAGCCAGACACGGAGAUCUUCAAAGCUGCUUUAGAGAGAGUUGGUGUUGAGGCUGCCAAAGCAGUGCAUGUUGGGGAUGAUCAUGAUGCGGAUAAAGUAGGCGCGAACACAGCUGGUGUCGACUGUUGGUUGUGGGGAUCUGAUGUGAAGACCUUUGUUGAUAUACGGGACCGCAUCCUUAAAUCAUAGAUGCAGAUAGUUGUUAAUGAAUGCAUUAAUACCUGGCUGCAGGUUCUGGCUGGAUACCCACUGAUUUUCCUUUUGUCUUUAAAGACGGGUUGGUUCUUCAAAUGAAACAAAUAAUGCCGAGGGAAAUGACAAGAUGUAGGCAAGGCAAUGUAGUCCUAGUAAGGAGAGCAGUUCAAUGUACAAUGGAGCACGAGUUGAAUUUCUAUGUCCUUUUCAAGUACCAAAAACAAGCUAUCAAAUUUUGUUUGGUAAAUCGUCAAUUGUCAGAUUUCUAUAAGAGUUAUGACUGCCGUGAAGCCUUGAAAUUGGGAUUUAUGUGAUUGUAAAUCAAACUUAGUAUAAAAUUAGUUUGAGGAUCCUGUUUACGUGAUCAAAUAAGUCUUAGUAAAAUGCAA